UGUUGGUUGUUGUUCUUCUGAUGGCGGUCUCAACCGUCCACGCGGUUGAUCACACCGUCGGUGGCAAUUCCGGCUGGGCUCAGAUGGUCAACUAUGCUACAUGGGCUCAAGGCGAAACAUUUACCGUGGGCGACACAUUAACUUUCGGAUUCUCGGGAACCCAUAGUGUGGACGAAGUAAACCAAGCUGACUACACCAGUUGCAACACAGCCAGUCCUAUUGCAAGCCAUACAAGCAGCCCCACUACUAUUUCUCUAACCACCACAGGCACCUUUUACUACAUCUGCCCCACCGGCGGUCAUUGUAACAGCGGCAUGAAGCUAGCUGUCACCGUCGCUGAUGCCACCACCACACCCCCAUCAUCUCCUUCUCCACCACCUCCUUCCGCCGGAACUCCUCCAACUGCCGGAACUCCGCCAACAACCGGAACUCCACCAACAACCGGAACACCACCAACAACCGGAACGCCGCCGUCUACGUCCACCUCUCCACCACCACCUCCUUCAGGAAACGGAGCUGAUGGAAUUAGUAACAGUUUGGCUGUUGGGUCAAUGAUUGUGGCUGCGGUUAUGGGGCUCUUGGUCUAGGCAAGAGGCAGUGCAAGCUAUAGUGAUCAUGUUCUUGAUCCAUAUGAUAUUGUUUUCGAAUCUUUUGAUUAUUGAUUGUACCAUAUAUUGUUUUAGUGCUUAAUUUUUAGUGUCAAUAAAUGAGAGAACUUUUACUCAAAUAAAAAUAAAUAUGAGGAGACCUUCAAUAAUAUUAUUUGGCCCUGUUUUGUUCCAUGAUCAUGCAUUUCCCAAUUUAAUAAU